GCCCAUCAGCCCAUUGUGCACCUAACCUACCUAACCCACGCGUCAGCUCCCACGGAGGGACUCCACCUGCCAGCCGCCGGCCGUCUUCCCCCAUCGUCUCCGUCGUCAGAUCGCCGGUGAUCCUGUCUGCGUCUUACCACAAACCCACGGCCAUUCCGAUGUCGCGCUUCGGGAAGACCGUCCUCCUCUGCUUGGCCCUGUUCGCCGCAUGGCACCUCUGCUCCACCCUCUUUGCCGGCGCGCCUCCUGGUGGCCACUCUGAGGAGGAGAAAGCUGUGGUCAGCGACGCGGCCGGGAAUGCGUCGGGCCUGAGUCUCGCCAGGGAGGCCGGGGUCCGGGCGGCGGCUGGCACAGGCCGCAACUUCGUCGUCUCGCCGCUGUCCAUCCACGCGGCGCUCGCGAUGGUGGCCGCCGGCGCGCGGGGCGAGACGCGUAGGGAGCUCCUGGGGCUCCUCGGCUCAGCGUCGCUCGACGAGCUGCACCGCGCGCCGGCGAUCAAGCUUGUCGGCAGACUCAACGGGCUGAAGCAGACGUCCUUCGCCUGCGGCGUGUGGGUCGACCGGAGGCGGGCGCUCAGGCCGGAGUUCACGGCCACCGGCGCGUCGCGGUACGCCGCGACGGCGGAAUCCGUGGACUUCGUGUCGGGGGCCGAGCAGGCGAGGCGGCGCGUGAACGGCUUCGUGGCGGACGCGACGAAGCAGCGCAUCCGUGACGUCCUCCCUCCCGGCUCCGUCGACUCGUCCACGACCGUCGUCCUCGCCAACGCGCUCUACUUCAAAGGGGCGUGGCCUGAGCCGUUCGACGUCUUCACCGCGCCGUUCCACACCCCAGGCGGCGCCACCGUGCGCGUGCCGUCCAUGACGACAGGCCGGUCACAGUACGUCGCGCUCUACCCGGGCUUCAGGGCCCUCAAGCUGCCCUACAGGAACGACGGCGACCGCUCCGCUGCAUUCCACAUGCUUAUCCUUCUGCCCGACAGCGGCGGUCUCAGCCUUUCCGAUAUCUACGACAAGGUGGUGUCGUCGCCGGAGUUCAUCAGGAAGCACACGCCAGAAGAGGAGGUUGAAGUACGGCGGUUCAUGGUCCCCAAGUUCAAGUUCACGACCGAGUUCGAGGCGUCGUCGGACAUGCGGAAGCUUGGUGUCACAAGGGCUUUCGCAGGCGGCGACUUCUCCGGCAUGGUGAGCGGCGGGGAUGGGCGGCUCUCCAUCGGCGGGGUGCACCACAAGGCCACCAUCGAGGUGGACGAGCAAGGCACCGUGGCCGCUGCUGCCACGGCCACUGACAUGGCUGGUAGCGCGCUUCCAAGUGAGCCGCCGCAUUUUGUCGACUUUGUGGCGGAUCGGCCCUUCUUGUUUGCCGUGGUUGAGGAGAGGACGGGCACGACGCUGUUCCUUGGUCAUGUGGUUAAUCCUCUCGCCAACUGAGCAAAAUAUGGAACCAUUUGGUUGUUAAAUGCAGUACGAGCAGGAGUGAGUGCUGAUCUCCAUUAAAAAGAGCAAGAUUAUUUCUUGCUUUGCUUAAGAGCUUGAUACAUUAUCCAGCAAAUCAUGUCCUAGAUCAAUGCCAGGGCAUUAGUAUGAGCUUGCAAACUGGCAACUGAAAAAGAAAGCUCUUGUAUUCAGUCUGUCUUGGUAUAGCAGCCAGGAAAAAAAAUGACUGCAAAAUUUCUUGUCCCAUUUAAA